AUGAGAAAAAGCUAAAACAAAUACAACGAGUUAUUUCAAUGGUUAUCAUUAUUUUGAUGAUGUAUUAUGGUUAUCAUUAUUUUGAUGAUGUAUUGGAUGUGGCAUAUGAUGUGUGUUGUUACAAUAAGGGGUGUUCAAUCAAAAGAAAGGAAAAGAAACAAAAAAAAUUGUUGCGAAUGUUAGUAUUAAGAGGGCUUUAUAGGGAGAGUGAUGUGAAAUGCAAGAGUGAGCUUCGUGUUAAUAGUAGAAUUUUCAAUAUUAUCUGUGAGAUGCUUAGAGACAUUGGGGGUUUGAGUGAAAUAAAAAACAUGGCGCUUCAAGAGAUAGUAGCCUUUUAAUACACGUUGGCUCACCAUAAGAAGAAUAGGUCUGUUGGACAAUACUUCUUUAGAAGUGGAGAAACCGUGAGUUGACAAUUUCAAGUCUAAGGGCUUUUCUCAAGUUGCAUGAAGUAGUCCUUUACAAUCCCAUACCAAUAUCGGAUGAUUGUGAAGAUGAAAGGUGGAAAUCUUUCAAGGAUGGAGGCUAGCAAUCGAGGAAGAGGUAAAAAUAGAAGGGAUUGGACAUAUGAAGAAGAUGCAGUUCUAAUAAGAUAUUUGCAUGAGUUGAGUUGUGAUCCGAAGUGGAAGUGCAAGAAUGGGUUUAAGAAUGGUUACAUGAAUAGAUUAGAAGAGAUGAUCAAUAGCGUACUUCCUAAUUGUGGCUUGAAAGCGGUUCCCCACAUUAAGUCAAGGAUCAAGCAUUGGUCAGAGAAAUAUAGUGCAUUAUCCACAUCAGGAUUUGGAUGGGAUGCUGAAAAGAACAUGUUGCAAGUAGAUAAGGCCAUGUUCGAUGAAUGGGUGAAGACUCAUAAGAAAGCUAAGGGGUUGUUUGGAGUUCCAUUCAUUCACUAUGAAACUCUUGCGGAGAUAUACGCAAAAGACAAAGCUACCGGAGAUGCAAGUGAGUCGUUCGUUGAUGCUAUAGAAGAUAUUGAUCAAGAGAUUGAUAAGCAACCAUUGAAUGUCGAGAGUGAUGAAGAAGAAGAUGUGAAUUCUGCUCAUUCGGACACUUAUUCUCCUACAAGUCAAUCUGGAAAACAUUCCAUGAAGAUAGAGGAUGAUCAUUCAACUCCUUCAAAAAUGGCAAAUGUGAAGGCUUCUACAAUUCGUUCUUCCGCAAGUGAUUCGACUACUCAAUCCGGAGAACACUUUGUAAAGGCGAAGGAGGCUAAGGAAAAAGGCAAGAACAUGGUAAAUUUGAAGAGUUUGUGUAGGAAUGAUGAUGAUGAUUUGGUUGCCUCCCUCCAUGAUGUUUUCAACAAUUUUGGGAAGAUAUUUGAAAAUAUCGAUGUUAAUCUCAAGACUAUGGCUAGUGCAUGGUCUAAAGCGGAAGAAAGGGAGCAAAGGAUGGAUGAAAAGCUGAACAAGGUUUUGGACGAGGUGAUGAAGUUGGAUGAUAUUUCUCCAUCCGAAGCUUUAGAGUUGGCUACUAUUCUCAUGGCGGAACAACAUAAGCUUCAUGUUUUUUGA